UCUGAUGGCCGCUGGCCGUUGAGGCCAAGAGGGGGCUGCUAAAGUGAUGAAGGACGUCGUGCAGUCGAGGAAGAGAAAGAGGAAGGCAACGACACCAGCUCCUCCUCUGCCUAAGAAGGGCAAAGUCCUUCGACAGACUUCCAUGACAGAGACGUUCGAUCCGGCGUGGCAACGAGAUUUUACGAACAAGUUCUUGCAGUGGUGGUACCUGAGCGGGAUUCCAUUCGAUCCGGCGUGGCAACGGGAUUUUACGAACGAGUUCUUGCAGUGGUGGUACGUGAGCGGGAUUCCAUUCGAGGCGGCGAGGAGGCCGGAGUACCAGGGAGUGAGGAAACGGUUGCUCCAGUGUCCGCCGUAUACAUAUCCUGCGUUGCCCACGCACCGUCUCAUUUCCGGCGACGGUAUUCCACAGCAGCAGCGAGUUGUGGCGGAGAUGGUGGUGGUCGUCCGGAAGGACAUUGCGGUGACGGGAGCGACCAUCCUCACGGAUGGUCGCAAGUCCAUCACUAGCGACCAGAUCGUCAACUUCCUUGCCGCUGGGCCCACGGGAGCCUACCUUUUCAGGACUGUGCAGCGCGACGGUGCUGUCCAAGAGACAGCCGAGGACGGCAGCCCCGGGAAGCUUGGGAAGAGGGAGGACACCAUCAUCAGGGCUCGAGCAGUCGUGUGGUUCAUCAGAGAGCACGGGGCGGCUCUCAGCCUUUACCGACGGUUCUCUGCCGCCUACCCCUCUUCCGCCUCCGCAGUUGCGGCCAGUUCCAGCGCUGCGCCACCCUCGUCUCAGCGGCGAGGCAGAGAGCUUGUGUACCCCGCACAGACGAGGUUUGCUACCCACUACUUGAUGCUGGAGAGGUUGUUGGAUCGUCGCCGAGCGUUGGAGGCAUUGACGAUGAGCGACGACUGGUUGCGGACUGCAUGGAGAAGGUCCAUUUUCUUGCAGGCUAGGUGGGUGCGUCAUCAGGUGCGGUACGCGCCAUUUUGGGAGCACGUGGAGGACAUCGUGGAGCUCAUGACGCCUGUGAUGCAGCUGUUACGCCGUCUGGACAGAGGGGGGCGCGUGAUGACUCGCAUGUGGUCGUGGGCGCUUGCCAUGAUCGACAGGGUGGCGAGGGCGAGACUGAACAGGAUGUCGAGGGAGGAGCUCAACAUCGUUGUUCAGGCUUGUCACGCGCGGGUCAAUCAUAUGUUGGAGCCCACACAUUGCAUCGCCCACCUCCUCAACCCUCGCCACAUGAGCAUUACGUAUUUUGGAGCGGCGAGGCGCAACGAGCACGACAAGACACUCGCGGAGGAGUCACUUCGAUACCUUCACCAGCAGACUGGGGGAGAUGAGGACUUGUAUCAGACACUGCGCACGCAGUUGGCUGAGUUUCUUAGCCGGGAGGGCGAUUGGACGUACGGAGGGGUUGAGGGUGACAGGGACGCGGCCUCCUGCAGAGGGGAGAAGGAGACGUCGCAGGUGGGGCAGUGGUGGGUAAAGCACGGGGACGAGGUCCCUCUCCUUCAGACUUACACCAUUCGCCUGACACACGCAUGGACGUGCGCCUCUCCAGCGGAGAGGAAGUGGGCCGUCCAUGAGUGUGUUCAGGUGAAGAAGCGUAACCAGCUUGGUUUUAUCAAGCUGGCUCGUUUGGUGGAGAUAUCCACCAACUUGAGAUUGAGUCGUUGUCAGGGGAGGGGUUCAGGGUACGUUCUACCAUGGGAGGACGCUGAGGAGGAGAUAAAGGAUAGCAUUCCUCCGCCUCGUGACGAGGGUGUUCGGCCAGCUGAUCGAGUCAUGGAGGCGCAGCGCGAGCGGCAGGUGCAGCGCGGGCGGAAGGACCGCCUUUCCAGGGCUCCGCCCAGCGUCGAGACAUAUUUCGGUCGUCGCGCCACGGUGCUCAUGCCGACUGAGUUGGACGCCGUGUACGAUCCCGAGCCGGAUCCUAUGGCUCAGGACCCAAUGGAGGCGGAGCUGUGGUCCGAUCCAGACGACCUGGCAGUGGAGUCUAAGCCCGGAGAUUUUGAUGAUGGUGGCGACGAUGAUCCUAGCGCCAAGAUGUUGCGUCCUCGGACGCAUCGUCCAGGACAUGGCGAGCAGGGGACGGGGACUCGCGACAUUGUUGACGAGCGAGACGACGACGACGACGAUGAUAGAGAGAGGUACGAGGGCAGUAGUGAGGACGAGGAUGAUCCCUCGUAUUCCCUGAGACGCGGACGUGGUGACGACGCCGACGCCGACGACGAGGGCGGCGAUGGUACACAGGCUGCAGGUGGUUUGCGGAGGUCGGGUCGACAUCGUGCCGACCGAUGUAGUGGUGCAGGCAGGGGGAACAGUAGUGCAGGCAUGGAUGUGGGGGGCGCAGGACACACAGGGGGUGCAGGCCGUGGUGGCGGAGGACGGGCGAGGCGAGAGUCUGCAUCCUCCACUCGUACUGUGCACUGGGUUGAUGAGGGUGCCGCGACAGGAGAGGUUGGCGCCGGGUCGACUGAGUUUGCUACUGCGUCGGCAGAGGGCGCUGCAGAGGCCGUUGCAGAGGCCGCUGGAGAGACCGCUGGAGAGUUCGCAGCGGCGUCUGAGGAGGUCGCAGGGGGCUUUGCAGAGGAUGCUGGCGAGGCUGCGCAGGUUGGGAGGGCUUCUGCGCAGUUGGGUGUCAGUUUCACUGGUAUUCUUGAUGUUUCGUUGGGGCCUCCUCCGACACUGGCAGGCGAGCGUGGCAGUGGUGACGCAGCGGCUACGCCCGUCAGUCAGAUACUCUGGGAUGUACCUUCAUGCAGCAUGGGUGACAUCAGUAGCAGCAUGUUGCAGGAGGCAGCAACGGGGACACAGUGUUCGUCGGGGCAGGAGGAGUGUGCAGCAGGGGACGGUGGGGAUUGUCGACCUGAGCAGGAGCGAGCGCCAGGGUCGGAGCAGGACAGGAUCGACCGCGAGGAGAGGGAGAGGGCGCAUGACUUGGCUAGCCGUUGCGAGCUGACACAGAGUAUUGCGUUGAGGGCACGGGCAGAGUGGAUGCUCGAGACGGGCGGUAGUGAGGGUCAUCAUGCGACGGACGAUGCAGUGCUUGAGUGCGGAGGCGCGGGCGCCGGGGAUGCAGGCGAGAGACCCGCGUCGACGGUUGACGGUGUUUGUAUAUUGCCUAUCGGUGGAGCCAUGACGGCGGAGGAGUUGGAGCGGCAGCUACGAGAGGACCCAUUGCAGGCAGAUCGGCGCGGACGGAUGGACGAGGCGUCGAGGAGGUUCAUGGCAGAGCGCCCAACUUACGUGCCCUGCAGCCCGUCAUUGCCAUCGUUAACCACUGGCGCCACUACCUCCGUACAUGCUGAGGGUCCAGUCACGGGACGCAUUACAUCACCGGCACCUGCAGAGUCUCCUUCUCCCAAAUCACGGAAGAAGAAGAUGAGAGCAGGUAAGAGUCUCAGUAAUGUGAGGAGGGUGACGCAUGCGAUGCGGGAGACUCAGGCCGGGCUAGCCGGUUUACAUCCGCGGACUCGGGAGGCAUUGGCCCUGGACGUUGUUGCGGAGAUAGUAGUUUGGUGGGAGAGAGGCUCCAGCCGGGCGACGAAGCAGCCCAUCACAGCACCUGCUGAGGCGGAGAUGCCAUGUACUGGGGGGCGCACAACAGGUAGGGGGGAGGAGGCGGAGCACAGCGGCCCCCCCGGGAGGAGCAUGGCCGGACGUAUAUUAGGGGAGGAUGUGAGGACGGUGCCUACGCAGCGACCGUCACAGGCAGGAGUCGUUUUGGAGUCUGGUACCGAUGAUUUGGAGAUGCCUUGUGGCCAGCGGAGGAGGGCUUCCGUGUACGACCUUCUUCGAGCACAGCAUGGGGUUGACGCGACGCCACAGAGGGGGGUUCAUGCUCCGGAUACUGCGCACGGGCCGAUAGGCGGCACAGGUGGCGACGACGGUGUCAGAGGUGCGGUGCCGCGGCGGAGGAGGAAGGACAUUGUGGACGACGAUGAUGUUUAGUCCCACCAUUAGUCCUCUUUCACCCUGUAUUUCUUAGUAGUGUAUAUUAUACUUAGUGCUUCGGAUGA